UGUGCUGAUGGGAGCGCUGCAUGUGCUGGUUCUGCUGGCCUGGGUUCUGGUGUCUCUGGUGGCUGUGCUGCUGAUGUGUUGGCUGGUGCGCUCUCAUCUGGUUGGUCCGUUCUACAGGAAGCUGCAUACUGAGAGCAAAGGAAACAAGGAAAUACUAGUGCUGGGCACCAGUGCAUUUGUGUUCCUGAUGCUGACGGUGACAGAAUUCAUGGACGUGUCGAUGGAGUUGGGCUGCUUCCUGGCAGGAGCGCUGCUCUCCUCACAAGGUCACAUGGUCACCACUGAGGUCAUGAGCUGUGCUGAACCAAUCAGAGACUUCCUGGCUAUCAUCUUCUUUGCAUCUAUUGGUGAGCUGAUGGUCCUGUAG